GAGGAUAAAUACAAGGGCCAGCACACAGAAGAGGUGUCGCAGACGAAGGUCGGAUCUCCUGCAUCUCUCUUGUCUCAGCUCUCCUCCCAGCCUCAAAGAGUCAGGAUGCCUCACGCAUACCCUUUCCUCACUCCUGAGCAGAAGAAGGAGCUCAGUGAUAUUGCUCAGAAGAUUGUUGCUACUGGCAAGGGAAUCCUUGCUGCAGAUGAGUCCACUGGCAGCGUGGCCAAGCGCUUCCAGAGCAUCAAUGCUGAGAACACUGAGGAGAACAGGAGGCUGUACCGCCAGCUCCUCUUCACUGCUGACGACCGCAUCGUGCCUUGCAUUGGUGGCGUCAUCCUCUUCCACGAGACCAUGUACCAGAAGACCGAUGAUGGCAAACUCUUCACACAGUACCUCAAAGAAAGAGGCAUGGUGGUUGGCAUCAAGGUCGACAAGGGUGUCGUCCCCCUGGCUGGAACAAACGGCGAAACAACCACCCAGGGUCUUGAUGGACUGUAUGAGCGUUGUGCACAGUACAAGAAGGAUGGGGCUGAUUUUGCCAAAUGGCGUUGUGUUCUGAAGAUCACCCCUACCACUCCCUCAAGACUGGCCAUCAUUGAGAACGCCAAUGUCCUGGCUCGCUAUGCUAGCAUUUGCCAGAUGCACGGCAUCGUCCCCAUUGUUGAGCCUGAGAUUCUCCCUGACGGCGACCACGACCUGAAGCGCUGCCAGUACAUCACYGAGAAGGUUCUGGCGGCCGUCUACAAAGCCCUGUCUGACCACCAUGUCUACUUGGAGGGCACCCUGCUCAAACCCAACAUGGUUACCCCUGGACACUCCUGCUCACACAAGUACAGCAACCAGGAGAUUGCCAUGGCCACUGUUACAGCCCUGCGCCGCACCGUCCCCCCUGCAGUCCCUGGAAUAACCUUCCUCUCUGGUGGCCAGAGCGAGGAGGAGGCCUCCGUCAAUCUGAAUGCCAUGAACCAGUGCCCUUUGCACAGGCCCUGGGCUCUGACCUUCUCAUAUGGCCGUGCCCUGCAGGCCUCUGCCCUGAAAGCCUGGGGAGGCAAGAAGGAGAAUGGAAAGGCUUGCCAAGAAGAGUUUGUCAAGAGAGCUCUGGCUAACAACCAGGCCUGUCAGGGUAAAUAUGUUUCUUCUGGAGCCAGCGCUGCUGGUGGAGAGUCACUGUUUGUGGCUAAUCAUGCUUAUUAAGCACUGACACACUUUUAACCUUCUACUCACAGUUAUUGCAUCACCAUAGAAAAAAAGAGUGCCUUAUUAAAUUCUUUGUCCUCCACUUGUAACAGCAACUUUAACAACUUUUUACCACCUUGUCAGAAAGGAAAAAAGUAAAAACUUUGAAUUUAGUGGUUGAUGGAUAAUGUUUGUCACCAUUCCCUUGCCUUUUAUGUUUAAAGGUGAAGAUUCCCUUUUUGUUUUUACACAACUUAGUUUCUUUGUCUGUCUUCAACAAGGGCAGAAUAUAACUGGUACGAUGAAAUAAAGUUUAUAUCAAAUC